CUGAAUAUCAAAAAAAAAAAAAAAAAAAAAAAAAACAAGUGAAAAUAUGUUCAAUUGAUCCUGCAAUCCGGAAAGCAAUUGGUUAUGAAGCUCCCGAUCUCAGCUAGCAUAUACGAGCUUAAGACAGAGCUACAGAGUCUUCUCAAUAUUCAGACGGGAACAUUGGAGAUUUCUCCUUCUGAUGCAACGUUGGCCGAUUCAGAAGUUGCUGGUCUAGGCAACAACAAACAAAUUAAGCCGAUUGUGUCUUGCUAUGAAGGCAACAAUUUUGUGUGCUUGAUACGAUUUUCUCUUGAGGCCGAGGAUAUCGCGCUUCCAUUAGUCGAUAAUUCGGUGUCAGACUCAAAUAUUGAAGUUGUGUCGCUCGAAGGAAGUGAAUCUUCCGUCAUUGAGCUAUCUUCAGGAGCUAGUAGCGAAAAAAAAGGCCAAGGACAUGAAAAACCCAUUGAGACCAAACGUGAGGAGAGCCCCUCGUAUGGAUGUAUGGAGGAGGCAUACGGUAUGGGCGAUGCGAUUUUAUAUCCAGACCACGCUCAGUUAAAUCUAAAAUGAAAAUGGAACCGGAUGUUACAAAUGGUCAGCAGUCCCCCUACAUAAACAUACUGCCAGAGAACAGGCCGUUUGUUGUGGUCUUUUCUUCCCCGGAAUGUGUUCUUUGGGACAUUUUUGGAUUUCACAAACGUUCGCUGCUUAGUCACUCCGGUGACUGAAUACAAUGGCCGGCUUUACAUCGCAGCGGCCAACGAAGACACCAGGGAGUGGCGCACAACUUAUGUUCCAUGGGGCUCUAUGAGGGCGUUGGCUUUAUAAACUUCCUGCACCUGACAGCGGCCAGAGUUACUUGGCCAAACGUCGAGACUUGUUUCCUGCGAAUUUUCACGCUCCUGGAACUGUUGAAACGGAGAAGUGAGCUGUGGUGAGCCGGGAAAAUGUACCCCCUUCAGUCACAGAUAUUUGGCCCAACGAACAGGUUGAGAUCUGGAUGGAUGGUGAGAGUGGAUAUCAUCAAGGGGAGAUGCAUCCGCCAUAAACUGUUUUUGGAUGAUCAAGUUCGAGUUUUGCGACUAGAUGACUCUUAUAUAUUUUGAUUUUAUCGAAUUUAUAUUUUGAAAUUUUAACAAAAAAGUUACGAUUACGGCAGACUCGGUUGCCUACCGAUUACUCUGACUGGCAACGGUCAAAUAUUUUAUCGUAAUAGAAAAAUAAAAUAUAAUUAUUUAUGGACGUUGUUUUACUAUCGAAACGUUUCCAAGUGAAUUUUCUGCUUACUGUUAUUCGGGGAAUAAUAGUGAGUUUGAAAAUUCACUUGGAAACGUUUCGGUAGUAAAGCAACGUCGAUAAAUUAUUAUUAUAUUUUAUUAUAUUUCUACUACGAUAAAAAAUUUGACCGUUGCCUGUCAGAAUAUUCGAUAGACAAAUUAGUCUGCCGCAAUCGUAACUUUUUUGUUAACAUUUCAAAAUAUAAUUGCGAUAAAAUCAAAAUAUAUAAGCGUAUUCUAAUCGCAAAACUCAAACUUGAUAAUCCAAAAACAGUUUAUGCCGGUUGCAUCUCCCCUUGAUGAUGUCCACACUCUCAGCAUCCAUCCAGAUCUCAACCUGUUCGUUGGGACAAAUAUCUGUGACUGAAGUGGGUACAUUUUCCCGGCUCACCACAGCCCACUUCUCGGUCUAGGAGGAAUUUGCAGUGAUCCAGGCGGGCGAACGGACGGACGGACAUGGCUAUAUGAACUCGUCUCGUCAUGCUG